AUUGGGGCAAACAUUUCAGUGAAAGACUACAAUACCUUUCGUUGGGUCAACCGAAAAGUAUACAUGGUUGAUAUGCCUUACAGAGUACAUGAAGAGAUAUCUUCAAAAUCUCCAACAGCAGUGUCAUUACAGCUGGUUGUCUUCCUUGAUGAGUUUGACAAGCUGUAUAGUGCAAAUCCUGCAAUCUGUGAUGAGUUCCUUGAAGCCAUCUGCACAAUCAAGCAUGGGCUGUAUGGCAAAACUAUCAUCCAUGCAAUGGUUGCUAUUGGAACAUUUGCCAUUCCUUCAUGUGGAUAUGUCUAA